AUGAUGACCCUGCCAGUAUUUAACACCAAAUCAGGUGAAAAACCUUUCGAAUGUUUGUCCUGUGGAAAAAGCUUUGCAAGAAAAGAAAAUCUUGAUAAACACAUCAGAACUCACACAGGUGAAAAACCUUUCGAAUGUUUGUCCUGUGGAAAAGGCUUUGCAAGAAAAGAAAAUCUUGAUCAACACAUCAGAACUCACACAGGUGAAAAACCUUUCGAAUGUUUGUCCUGUGGGAAAAGCUUUGCAAGAAAAGAAAAUCUUGAUAAACACAUCAGAACUCACACAGGUGAAAAACCUUUCGAAUGUUUGUCCUGUGGAAAAAGCUUUACAACAAAAGAAAAUCUUAAUAAACACAUCAGAACUCACACAGGUGAGAAACCUUUUGAAUGUUUGUCCUGUAGAAAAAGCUUUACAACAAAAGAAAAUCUUAAUAAUCACAUCAGAAUUCACACUGGUGAGAAGUCGUUCUGCUGUACUCUUUGUGGCAAAAGUUUUGCUAGAAAACAUAGCCUGACCAUUCACAUUAGAAUUCACACAGGUGAGAACCCUUUUAAAUGUGAGUCCUGUGGAAAAAGCUUUACCGAAAAACGCUCUCUUUAUAAUCACAUCAGAAUUCACACAGGUGAGAAGCCUUUCAAAUGUGAGUCCUGUGGAAAAAGCUUUACCGAUAAAGGUUAUCUUAAUAAACACAUCAGAACUCACAUGGCUAAGAGUUUUAAAUGUGAGUCCUUUGGAAAACGCUUUACCCAUAAAAGUAUUUUUGAUAGACACAUCAGAUUUCACACAUUUGAGAAGACGCUCUGCUGUACUCUUUGUGGCAAAAGUUUUGCUAGCAAACAUAACCUGACCAUUCACAUGAGAAUUCACAGAGGUGAGAAGCCAUUUAAAUGUGAGUCCUGUGGAAAAUGCUUUAUCCAAAAAUGUGCUCUUAAUAAACACAUCAGAAUUCACACAGGUGAGAAGCCAUUUAAAUGUGCAUCCUGUGGAAAAGGCUUCAGCCAAAAAAGUGAUCUUGAUAGACACAUCAGAAUUCACACAGGUGAGAAGCCUUUCAAAUGUGAGUCCUGUGGAAAAAGCUUUACCGAUAAAGGUUAUCUUAAUAGACACUUUAGAACUCACAUAGCUAAAAGUUUUAAAUGUGAGUCCUGUGGAAAAAGCUUUAUCCAAAAAUGUUCUCUGGAGAAACACAUCAGAAUUCACACAGGUGAGAAGCCUUUCAAAUGUGAGUCCUGUGGAAAAAGCUUUAGACAUAAAGGUAGUUUUGAUAGACACAUCAGAUUUCAAACAUGUGAGAAGACGGUCUCCUGUACUCUUUGUGGCAAAAGUCUUGCUAACAAACAUAUCCUGGCUUCUCACAUGAGAAUUCACACAGGUGAGAAGCCUUUCAAAUGUGAGUCCUGUGGAAAAAGCUUUAGACAUAAAGGUAGUUUUGAUAGACACAGCAGA